CACACAGAGAAGCAAGCAGAAGCCAUUACUCCUCUGUACAGAAGCCCUACUAAGGUCUCUCUCUCUCUCUACCGUCAUUAAAAUCUCUGAAAAAGCUUCUUCCAUCUGUUUAAUCUACCUAGGUUUCUGAUACAUUUUGAAUUUUCAACUUUUUUCUAAUCACUGUUGACUCAACGUCAAAUAUUCUCAUUAUCACCCAAUUUCAGCAUCAGAUUCCCACCAAAAUUGGCGACAAAAAACCUGAUCAUCGAAUUGCAUUCAUUGUACAUGAGCUCUUGCGUAAAAUGUUAGUCGAAUCACGGCGGAAUUCCGACGAACUGAUCACCUUCUCCGGCAAAGUCAGCUCGAUGAGCAGCGAUACCACCACUCUCAGCCACUGCACCAGCUUCAGUCGCCUCUCCUUUGAGCUUCCGGCGAGUUCGCCGGAACAGCAGGCGGCGCUGAAGCCGCACCGAUCGUCGGACUCCUCGUUCCAGGCGAUCCGGCUGAAGACGAACCUCACGUUCCGCGACUUCAGCCUGGUGCGCCAGAUCGGUAGCGGCGACAUCGGCCGCGUCUACCUCUGCCGCCUCCGCGGCGUGGCGGACGACGACCGCCUCUAUGCGAUGAAGGUGGUGGACAACGACGUGCUCGCGCUGAAGAAGAAGACGCGGAGAGCGGAAACUGAGAGGAAAAUCUUGCGCCUUCUCGAUCAUCCGUUCCUCCCCACGCUUUUCGCCGAAUUCGAAGCUUCGAAUUUCUCGUGCGUGGUCAUGGAGUUCUGCGCCGGCGGCGAUUUGCACUCUCUCAGACAUAAACAGCCGCAGAAACGAUUCUCUCUCAACUCCGCUAGAUUUUAUUCAGCAGAGAUUUUGGUAGCUCUAGAGUAUUUACACAUGUUGGGAAUAAUCUACAGAGAUUUGAAGCCAGAAAAUGUGCUUGUUAGAUCGGACGGUCAUAUAAUGCUGACUGAUUUCGAUCUCUCCCUCUGCUCCGCCGCCGUCCCUGCCGUCGAGUACCCGGAUUUCUCGCCUGACCCGCCGUCGCCGCCGAAAUCAGCCGCGGCGGCGCUGACGCCGUUCUCCUGCAUCUCCAACCGCCUCUUCCGCUCGAAGAAGAUCCAGACACUCACCGCAAACCGCCUCUUCGUGGCGGAGCCGGUAGCGGCGCGGUCGUGCUCCUUCGUCGGGACGCACGAGUACGUCCCGCCGGAGGUGGCCUCCGGUGGAGCCCACGGAAACGCCGUCGACUGGUGGGCGUUCGGCGUCUUCAUCUACGAGAUGAUCUACGGCCGGACGCCCUUCGCCGGCGCGUGCAACGAGGCCACGCUCCGCAACAUCGCAAAGCUGCCACUCGCCUUUCCCGACGCGCCAUGCAGCGCGAGUGAGGCACACGCGCAGGGGCUGAUAUCCGGGCUGCUCCACAAGGACCCGACCCGGCGGCUCGGAUCGAGGCGCGGAGCGGCCGAGGUGAAGACGCACCCGUUUUUCAAGGGGCUGAAUUUUGCGCUGAUCCGGACCAUGAGGCCGCCGUCGGUGCCCGGCGUCUCUGCAGCGGCAACGGCGGAUAUGCGCCGCGGAACGUCGCCGUUUUGUGUGUUUUGAUUUCAUUUUCCGUCGAUCGAGGUUUAGGGGUUUUAGGAGGGUGUAAUAUUUAUUAGUUAAUUAACGUAACGUUGAUGUUUUGUAUUGUGAUUUAGGUGGGAAAGUGUAUAUAAAUUAGACAGUCCACGGAAAUGAUGCGGCCAUAUAAAAAAGUUUUUUUUUUUUU